CGCAAGACGGAGAGGCUGUGAGAGGCAGCCUCAGAGCACGAAGAGGCGCCAAGACAGCCGAGACAGCCAAGACAGCCAAGACAGCCAACAGGGAUUGCCUGCGCAGGUCUGACUGCAUUCUUCGCUUGCUCCGACCCUUGCCUUGCCCUGCCAAACUCUUCCACGUCGCCACUCGCCCGCACCCUGGUGUGACCACAUACUCCGGCACUCCGGAUACUUCAUCAUCAAGCGCAAUUGACUUCAUGCGAUAGAAGCCAAAUCUCGCACUCGCAAUUGCUGGGGCCAGUUUCCAUCGCCUCAGGCAUCUCAUCGUCAGAGCCUACUCCGGCGACCCUGAAUCUCAAUCUCUCGCGUUUGCUGGCUUGCUUGCAGAUACAUACGACAACUUAACCACAUUCCAGUGUCUACAACCACGUCAUUCGCUUUCGAAAGCACUGAACACAUCGGCCCGCCCUGCAAACGGGAAUCUCGGACCACAGUACGCGCGCGCGAACCUGGAUCCUGACGAACGCACGUGUUGAGCCAACAACCUUUACGAGGAUCCCCCUUCGUAUCAUUAACCUAGCACCGCCCGAACACCCCCAGUCCUUUCGACAAGAAUGAUAGCGAUCAAACGCUUCAUGUUCUUGACGGCCGUCGCCAUCACUGUCCUCCUGGCACCUUUCUUCUUUGGCUACCACUUCACCACAAUCAAGGAUGCCUCGCUGUCAUACAUGAAUUCAGCCUCGAGGUCGAAUAAGCUUCACCUAUUGCUGCCGGCCACAGGUCCGAACCUGAACUUCUGCCGACUUCUUCUCUCCGCCGCAGUCACAGGCUAUCCAGAUCCCAUCUUCAUUGGGUGGGAUGGCCGAGGAAUGUACAAUGGCUCUGAAAGCCAUUUAUUCAAAAUCACCGAAACACUCACAUACCUGAGGUCACUCCCUCCAUCCUCCGACAACGAGCUGGUCCUGAUCCUCGACGCCUACGAUGUCUGGCUUCAACUCCGACCCGAAAUUAUCAUACAAAGAUAUUUCAAAGUCAUCAAAAAGAACGACGACCGUCUCCGAAUUGAAGGCAUCCUAGGGCAACGCUACGAUUCCUCGAACCCUCCCAUGCGCAACACUAUCGUCUUCGGCCCGGACAAAAUCCACUGGCCCCAAGGCAGGGAAGAUCCCGCGACCUGGGCAGUUCCAGAAUCCAGCAUGCCACGAAACGCCUUCGGUCCCGACACCGACACCGACAUGUACACCGCACGCCCGCGCUGGCUGAACAGCGGCACCAUCCUCGGCCCCGUAAAAGACAUGCGCGACAUGUUCUCCGCAACCGUCGACAUGCUGAGUCGGAAAUACGACGCCGAAUACGAAUUCCGAAAUUCCGACCAAUACUAUUUCGCCGAAGUCUGGGCCGAACAAGAAAUCCAACGCAUGAGGCUGCGCGAAGGCGAGGAGAUUUUCCAUCAACCCCACCUACUCCCCGGCGGAGGAGUCGGUCGGAUCCCAGACAUCCCUGAGGGGAAACGCACAGAGUAUGGAAUUUGUCUAGAUUAUGAGACGGAAAUGUUCCAGACUGCUGCCGCUUACGAUCACCAUUUGACAUGGAUGAGAUUCAAUCAUUCAACUCUCCACCCAGAUCUAAGAAGCUUGGAAGAAGACCAGCGAGCUCCCGAGACAGCGAGCGGUUUAGGCCGGGAACUUCGCAUCGACGAAUGGGUGUUGAAAUCCGAUGUCAGGAGAUCAAAUCCCCCGUUUUCCGCCAUACGGAAUCCUACACUUGAACAACAAGCGCAGAAUUCUUGGGCUGAUGUGCUUUUGGGCACGAAUGUCGUGACGCAAGACGCAUUCCCAUUAUUUCAUGUGACGGGCGAUAAGAGUUUGCGGGAUCGAUGGUGGCCGAGGAUGUGGUUCCAUCCGUUUUCCGAGCAGUUGUUAAAGGAUACCAAGGCUUUGCAGGCGGCGCAAGAGGAUCCGAGAUUGGUUUCUGUGGUGGAUGGGGUGAGGUGGAGGGGUGCGAUUCCGGGGAUGAAGAAGGGUCGUGAUGAGUUUGGGUUGCCGGAGGAUGGGAAGAAUGCUAAAGGAGGGGCGUGGAGGGAUUCGGGCGAGUAUAUUCCUUGGGGAGAUAUGUGUGGGGCUUUUGAGGAUAAGGACUUGUAUGUCGAGCCCGCGGAUGCUGGGAGGGAAGGGCCAGAAGGGUAGGAGCUGAGAUAAGAAUGCCACGGAGCCCGGAAAACGGGAGGUGGUGAUUGAUUUGAUGCAUAGCGACGGGCAUAAUGCGUCAAUCACGAGUUCAUGUCGUGCGAUUCAGCGAAAUAUAGAUAUACAAUUCAUCAGGAUCAGGAUUGAGCUGUC